CAGCAACAGCAGCAGCAGCAGCACAACCCGUAUUCAAGUGCGCCCUACUCACAGACGCUGCCGUCACCCGCCCAUCAGCAGUUCGCACAGAACCGCCAGACCGCCUCGCCGGCCCUGAGUAACCAAGGCCAGCCGUAUGCCACGCCUCAGCCGCAGCAGUCGCCCACCACUCUGCCAUCGUCCAACGGCCAGCAGCAGCCCAUGAGCCUUCACCUCCCCUCGCAGGUCAAGAGCGAGCCUGCGCAGGCGCAGGCUCCGGUCAAGGCUGUGCCGCCGUCGCCCGUGUCGCCCGCCACGCCAGCGAAAGCCCACGAGCGCGUCGCCGUGCUUCUCGAGAUCAACAGCAUCCUCAUCAAUGAGGCCACCUCCCUCCAGAGCCAGGGCAAGGGAGGUCAGAUAGCGGCGCCCGAGGAAGGCAAAUCGCAGCCGUCCAAGGACUACAUUAGGCGCCUACAAGCCAAUCUCACCUAUCUCGCACAAAAUGCCGAGAAGGUACCGAAACCCGGACAGCCCAUCCAGCCCGGGCCCGCGAUCAUGUCUGCGCCUGUGACACACGAAGAGCUUGGCAAGCUUUACGUCAAGCUACAGGGACUGUUCCCAGGAUGGAAGGGCGGUCAGGCGGCAGCGAGGCAGUCGCCUGGCGGACCACAACGAAUGAGCUCGAACACAUCACAACCGCCCAGCAGCGCUGGCCUGCAGCAGAGUUGGGGCCAGAAUCCCAUGCAGAUGCAACAGCAGCCGCAACAGCAGCCAAAGAUGGAGCCUCCGCAAUAA